CAAUCGACCAGGAUAUCCACCUCGUGACCUCGAGAACCUUGCAGGAUCGAUGAUUUCCCCUCGCUCGCUCUUCCCAAGCAAGCGCAAUCCUCUCCACUUUUAUCAGAAGAAAAUUCGCGGCAAGAAGAAGAAGGACAAGCUCGGCGCGACGCUCACGGACGAGUCUGUCGCCUCCUCAACGCUCACUGAUGACGACAUCGUCUCCAACCCGUCGCCGGUGGUCGGCCGCCGACUUGACCUCCCUCCGCGCCUCUGGACGAACGACCCGACGCCAAGCGCCGCCGCUCGCGCGUUUCCUCACCUCCCCAUUCAAGAUUGGCCCAAGGACCAUCCCGACUACAUUGUGCCAGUGGAGGACCGCUCCAACAUUGUGGUGAGCGACUUCAAGGAGGUCAGCUGCGAGGCUGAGCUGCUCGAGGUGAUGCGCUGCGCCAGCGGCAUCCGCAUCAUCUCCUCGGGCUGGUCGUGGAACCGCAUGAUUCAGGCGGACCCUGAUGUCCCGGGCGCGUGCAACGUCGUCUUCACGCGCAGCAUGUCGACCCACAUGGAGGUGGAUGUCGCAAACAAGCGCGCGAUCGUUUCCGCCGGACUCCAGAUCGCCGACUUUGUCUGGCAGCUCGAGUGGGACUGCGUGGACCUCGAGUGGCCGGCCAAGGGCCUCUGCUUUACAAAGACGGUCAGCCAGUGCUUUGGCGGCUUCAUCGGCACCAACGUGCACCACUCGUACACACCCACCGCCUUCGACUGGGUCGAGGCGCUCUGGCUGGCGGUGUACAUCGGCGGCGAGCCUCAGAUCGUGCGUGCGUCGCGCAACGAGCGGCGCGACCUGUUUGAGAGCGCCUUUGGCAUCUGCGGCAUCACGGGCAUCAUCGUCAAGGUGGAGCUGCGGCUGAGGCAGACGACCUACUGGGACGUGACGACGUCGCGCCUCCCGCUCACGCGCAGCCGCCCCGCGUGCGGCCGCGCAGCGCCGUGGGACACGGAGCAGAUGAAGGGGCUGCUUUUGCAGAUUACGCAGGACUCGGACGGGCAGCCGCGGCCGACAGUCUCCCCCGUCAACGGCUCAAUGGUCAUCUUUGAGACGGACCAAGGUCGCAACUUUGUCCGCGUCGUCUCGCCCGCCGUGCCAAACGACGAGGGGCAGGCGGAGGCGGGCGGCGAGGUAGCAGCUUCCCCUACGACCGGCUCGCGCAUGUUGAGCUGCCUGCCGGCGUUCUCGAGCUGCCUUCCGUCGCCACCCGCGUGCGUCCCGCGCUGCGUGCCUGCGGUUGCGGCCAAGCUCUCCACUGCGCUGAUCUACGACUUCUUCGCCGGUCAGCUGAAAAAGAACUCGACGACGCCGCAGACCUUCUACGAGGCCAACUCGUGGACGAGCGGGCGUGUCCGGACGGUGCGCAAGUCGGAGGUUGCGAUCUCGGACUCGCUCUUCCACGGCUGGACGCCGGGCGACGCUCCCGGCCUCGACUUCUCGAUGGACGUGCGGCGGUCCGACUGGGAGAAAUACGUGGAGGUGGCGGCGCCGCUCCUCGCCGCCGCGCCCGCGCUGCUGUGCGUGGUCCGGCUCACCCCCAAGGCGUGCGGCAUGCUCCCCGAGUCGAACGCGACCAACGCGACCGAGGAUGCCAUCGUCGUCGAGUUCUUCAUCUCACAGGCGAGGCCGCUCGACUUCGACUGCUGCCUGCCACAGCACCAGUGGCUCGAGCGGCUGCUGGACGCGCUGGACUGCUGCGGCAUCCCGCUGCGCGUCCACCCGGGCAAGGCCCCCUUCGGCUCGGGCUCGAAGGCGGACUGCCUCGUGCGGCGGCCAAUCUUUGCGAACUCGCUCUCUCUCCCUCAGCGGCGGAUGAUUCACAAGCUGUGCUGCGAGUACGACCCGGAGGGCGUCUUCAACCGCGGAAAGGUCAAGAUCGAGGACAUGUACAACCUCCGUUGCGGCGGAAGUCGGGAGGAUCCGUCGCGUUGGCUGGGCGGCGCGUCAGCGUGCGAGUAGGGGGCGCUCGCGCUUUGUGGGGCGGAACAGGCGCUCGGAACACCGGGCCGCGCCCUGCGCGGCGCUCGGGUGUGUGCCGCUAGAGUGAUGCAUGUGCACACCUUUAAUUAAAGCGUGUGUGAGUGUGUGUGUGUGUGUGGACGCGUCCGAUAAAGUUCCGCCGUUCAUGGAGGCAACCGAUGCUCGAGUCGACGUCACUGGGGUGUGUCUCAGUCGGGGUUUUGUAUCACAAGAAUACUCACAAGUGUGCGCGUGUACGUAAA